AUGUCUAGCCUCGAAGUCAUCAAGUCCGCCAUCGAGCGCAUCAUCCUCGAUCCGCGAUAUCAAGAUGUCUUGAGCGUUGUCAAGGGCGCGCGUAAUGGCGCCGUCUACGGCAGCAAGGUGCGGUUUCCGCAUGCGCUCGUCAUGAUAUUUUUGUUUCGGUCUGGAACCUUCAGGCACAAGCUUUCGCUGGUCCUACGGGCCACAAAGACGCACGCCAUGAACUUGGCUACCUUCGCGACGAUUUACAAACUCACCGUCAUGAUGCUCAAGAAGUUCGGCCCCACACCCGACAAAGAAGGCCCCUACGAUACCUUCUUGGCGGGACUUGUCGGCGGCUACGUUGUCUUUGGUCGCCGGUCCCCGCGCACGGGCAAGAUCCCUCGGUCAACCAGCAGAUCUUCCCAGAUCAGCCACUACGCCUGGCCCGCCUUCGCCUCGCUCUCCUGGGCUAUGGUGAUGUACCUCUUCAGGUGGCACCCGGAAGACCUGCAGUCCAGCUUAAGGGGCAGCAUGAACUACAUCUACGUCGACUCGAACCAUUGGGAUUCCCUGAGGAACUUCAUCUGGCACAAUAAAUAA